AAAUUAAUAUGCCUCCAAAAGCUCCACCACCAAAAAAAUUGACAAAAAAGGAAUUAAAGGAGAAAGCUGAAUAAGAGAAGAAAGAAAGAGAAGAAUAAGAGAGAAUUAGAAAGGAAGCUGAAGAGAAAUAAAGAUUAGAAGAAGAACGGUUACGAAAAUUAGAAGAAGAAAGAUUGGCUGCAGAAGAGAAGGCUAGAUUAUAAGAAGAAGAGAUAGAGAAUGAAGUUUAAAGAAGUGUUUUUAAGGAAAAUUUAGAUAAUGCAAAGAAAGUAAUAAUGAAAGUUUAUAAUAAAAUUUUAGGUAGCAAGAGCAAAUGAUGAUUGGGAUAAGUUUUUGUUAUGUUCAAUAAAACCUGAUAUAUCAUAGGAAGCUUAAUUAACAACAUUUAUAACAAUGAUGAGAGAACAGAAGAUUAUAAGUGAAUUAAAAGUAUAGGAGGAAUUACAAAAAUUAUAGUAAGCAGAAAAUAUAGAAAGAGAUAUUCAUAGAUUUCUGACUUAAUUAAAGGCUGAAAGAAAAUUUUAAUUAAUUUAGCAAUAAUUACAAUAAUAAUAAUAAUAAUAGAUAAUUUAAAAUGACACAGUAGCUAGAAAUAAAUUAUAUAUAUUUUAGAUAAGAGAAUUAAUGAUAAAAAAACUUGAAGAGAUUAAUACAUAGAUGGUAUUAAAUGCUGAAUUAUUUAUUGAUGUAAUAAAAUUAUAUAUAAUAAAAGGAAAAAUUUGCAGAAUUAACAAAGAAGGCAAAUGAAGGAGCUAAAGGAACAUUUAAGUUAGAUGAUAAAACUAAACAAGAAGUUAUAAAAACAUUUCAACCAACUGAAGAUUUUAAAUAUGGUAUUUUCAUAUAUCCAUCAAAUAAACCAUCUGGUUAUAGACAUAAACCAAAUGAAUAUCCUGAACUUUAAUUAGCAGUAGAUGUACCAAGAUCUAUAUCUGUGUUCCUUUAAAAAAUAUUAUGGACAUCAUUUGAUAAUUAUUCUCCAGAUGUUUAUAGCAAAUAUAGAAUAGUUGGAGGAGUAUUAGAUAUAGAAUAUUUAUAAAUGCUUCCUCCACCAAAAAAAGUUAAUAGUUGGACGUUAAAAUCAAAUUAUGAAUUAAAGGAAACUGUUAAAAGAUUAGCUUUUGAAUUGAAUGCAACUUUUAAAGUAAAUUUUAUAAUUAAUUUAUAAUAGGUUUCUUAUUAACUUCCUUCUUAUAUUUGGAUUCCAAACAAAGAAAAUUAAAAAGUAUGGAGAGUAGCAUUUUUUGAUCGUGUUAGUGAACAAUGGAUAACAGAUGGUGUUGAGGAUGCUAAAUUAGAUAAAGGAACUAAUAUUGUUGCAAGUGUUCCUAAAUUAGGUCCUAUUGGAUUAUUACAAGAAAGAUGUCUUGAUUAUCCUUAUAGAAGUUUUAAAUUAAGAUGUGUUGGAAAUGAAAAAGCUAUUCUAGAUAUUUAAGGUGCUAGAGAUUUGUUUAAAUUUGAAAUUGGGCCAGGAUAUAUUUAAUUAUUGAAAAAAGAUCCAGUAUUAAUAUUAUUAUUAUUAUUCAUUUAGGAAUUCUAACAUUUUGCAUAUAAAAAAUUAUUAGUAGGAGCAUUAUUUUAUGAAUUAUAUAGAAGUGGUGUUAAUUUUAUCCCUGUAAUUGAAGAUGCUUAAUCAGCUAAUAUUGUUUAAAAGGAUGAAGCUGCAGAAGAAUUAGCUUUAAAUGAUUUAUCUGAAGCUAUUAGAGGAUUCUAUAUUGAAUCAAGUAGAUGGAACAAUAGUGAUACAGCUUCAUAAAUAGUUGUCAAACUCAAAGAAAAUCCAGAAUUUGAUGAAGUUUUUUUUAUUUUUAUUAAAAUAGGAAUUUGCAGAAAAUUAAGAAAAAGAUUGGAAAACUAUCAAAUGGUGGAAUAAUAAAUGUGCUAUCAUUUAAGCUAGAGAUUCACAUUAAAAAUGUAAUUAAGCACUUUUACCUGAAACUGAGACCCAUUGCAAUUUAGAAGUUCUAUUGAAAAUGCAUUCAUUAACCACAUAAGAAACUUUAACAAAAAUGAAAGUAAUUAUAAUUAUCAUUUAUUUUAGGAUUUACAUUAUGUUAUUUUUAUUGAAACUAUUUAAUAGGUACUUAGAAUAACUAAAUUAUUAUCAUUCACAGUAAGAGAUUGA